AUGGCUAAGAAAGGAGGAAAGAAGAAGAACAAGGGCGGCGCGAAGCCCGCAGCUGCCGCGGCCGUUGACAAGGUCGCCGACACCGUCAAGGAUGUCGUGAAUCCCGACAAUGAGGUCGAGGAUGGUGCUGCUUCCAAUGUCGAUUCCGAGGUUGCCGCAAAGACAGAGGUGCCUGCUACCGAGGCGCAGACUGCCGAAACCACCGCCCCCGUGGUGACCGAGACCAAGGAGGCCGAGAAGGCCGCAGAGAAGAUCGAGGAGCCUCUCAAGCAAGAGGCCAAGGUUGAGGCGCCCUUGACAGAAGAGAGCACCCUGCAGGCCGUGGUGGACAAGACGCAAGCCUCCAAGGCUGGCCAGCUUCCUGACCUGGACACCGAGGCCGAGGGCAAGGCCGUCCUCCCCGAGUCUACCACCACAGCUGCCACCACCGGCGACCUCUACCCCUCGACCACCGAGACCGCCGCCGAAGAGCCCGCCAUCGUCGCCGCACCCAUCUCCACACUGCCCGAGCGCACCAAGGCCACCGAAGCGAUUCCCGCAGCCACCGGGGACUCUGCCGUGGCCCCCGCCGAGGGUGAAGCCGCCCACAUCAAGCGCCCCUACGAGAAGCCCAUCUUCUCCAACGACGAGGUGAAGCCGCCCAAGAUCGCCAAGACGGAGGAGGAGCAGAAGCAGGCCGCUGCUAGCGGUGCGGCUGAUAAGUCGGUGUUGGCGGGUGCCGGCCCUGCAUCAACUGCUGCGUACACGGUUCCCGAGCCUGUGCCCGUGAACGAGGAGAAGAGGGUUGCUGAGGCGAAGCCCGAGGCUGCUGCUGCUCCCGUUGCUAUCCCUGCUGCUUCUCCCGUCACCCCGCCUGGCCCCGCCGAGACCAAGCAAAGCAAGGCCUCACCCGAUGCCGUCGCCGCGGCUGCCGCAGCCAUCAACUCAUCCAAGGCCGACAGGGCCGCCACCACAGGCCCUGUCCCCGUCGCCGGUGCCGAGCCCAAGAAGCCCGAGCCUGCUGCGAAGCGAGGCGAAGAGCCCAAGGCCAAGGUUGAUGUGCCUACCGAGACUCCCGAGGAGACCACUGCUCCUCAGGCCGCCGAAUCCGAGGCAGCCAAUAAGGCCGAGGAGCCCACGGGUGAGCCCUCAGCAGAGCAGCAGCCCGAGAAGAAGAAGAAGGAGGGAUUCUUCGCUAAGCUCAAGCGCAUGUUCAAGUAA